AUGGCCUCUCGCCUUCUUGGUCGCCUGCGGGCUACCCCUCACUCCUCCCCCUUUCCUCCGAUGGAGGCCCCGAUGCAGACGCUUCACAUGGACGUGUGGGGCCCAGCCCGCGUCCGUGGACAGGGUCACGAGCGCUACUUCCUGCUGGUGGUUGACGACUACUCGCGUUACACCUCGGUCUUCCCCUUGCGCAGCAAGGGUGAGGUCACUGAGGUGUUGAUCGACUGGAUCCGCGCAGCUCGUCUCCAGCUCAGGCGGAGCUUCGGCUCGGACUUUCCUGUUUUGCGUCUGCACUCGAACAGAGGCGGAGAGUUCUCCUCCGGCCUUUUGCGAGCCUACUGUCAUGCACGAGGCAUCCGCAAGACCUUCACGCUUCCGGACUCCCCACAGCAGAAUGGGAUUGCUGAGCGCCGCAUCGGCAUUGUCAUGGACGUCGCCCGUAUGUCCAUGGUGCAUGCGGCUGCCCCCCAUUUUCUGUGGCCGUUUGCGGUGAGGUACGCCGCGCAUCAGAUCAACCUUCAGCCCAGGGUCUCCAGGCCGGAGACCUCCCCAGCUUUGCUGUGGACGGGGAAGGUUCGCGAUGCGUCGGCGUUCCGUGUCUGGGGAUCUCGGACGUUUGUCCGCGACUUGUCUGCGGGCAAGCUGUCCCCUCGUGCUUCUCCUUGCGUCUUCCUGGGUUUCCCCCCUGACGCACCUGGGUGGCAGUUUUACCACCCCACCUCUCGUCGUGUUCUGUCCUCCCAGGACGUCACGUUCGACGAGUCGGUUCCCUUCUACCGGCUCUUCCCCUACCGCACUCCCUCCCUUCCCCCACCGCCCCUCUUCCUGGUCCCAGGUCCCCCCCCGGUAGACCCCCUCCCCCCUCAGGGUCCUGCCCCUUCAAGUGUGUCUCAGGUAGACGCGGUCGAGCCUGUUGAGGUCACUGGUGACUCUGGUGCUGCUGCGGGUGCUGAGCCUGGGGGUGCUGAGCCUGUGGGUGCUGAGACUGGGGGUGCUGGGCCUGGGGGUGCUGUGCCUGGGGGUACUGAGCCUGGGGGUACUGAGCCUGGGGGUGCUGAGCCUGGGGGUGCUGAGCCUGGGGGUGCUGAGCCUGGGGGUACUGCGUCUGGGAGUGCUGCGCCUGCUGCUUCUCUUCCUGGUGCUUCUGGAGCUGGGGGUGCUGCGGGUGCUGGAGGUUCUGUUGCUGCCGAGGGAGCUGGUACCACGUGUCCCGGAGGUGCUCGUCCUGAGAGCACUAGAGCUGACGGGUCCGGGGGUGCCUCUGGAGCUAGAGCUGCUGCGGGUGCUGGCGCUGAGACUACGACUGUCGGUCCUGCUGAGGGUACUUCUGGCGCUGCUGGAGGUGCUGGAGUUGGAGCUGCUACUGGUGCUAGUGCUGCCUCUGGAGGUGUUGGUGCUGUCCCUGCUGUCUCUGGCGGUGCUGCGCGGCCUCGGCCGUACUUCGUUCCGCUCCUCCAGCAGGUUCUUGGUCUCCCGCCUUCCACUGGUCCUUCUCCUCCCGUAGAGUGUCCACGGCCUGUCCCGUCGAAGUCACAGUUACAGCCCGCCUCUCCCCUGCCUUCUCCUUCUCCCUACACUGGUCCUACUGGAUGUCUUGCUGAGCGUUGUGAGCCUGCGUCCCGCCCUGCGUCGCCAGUCCGGGCUGCUCGCACAAGUGGUCGCGGUUCGCGUCAGCGUCCUCCUCCUUUCCCUGGCACACACGGGAUGUCUCUGCGUCCACCCACUGCUUCUCUGCGUGCCCCUUUGCCUUCUCCUCUUGAGUCUUCUCUUCCUACUCUUGCCGACCCAGAGUCGGACUCUCGCCGUGCUGCCAGUCCAACUGUCACGCAUCUUCUUGCUUCUCUUAUCACUGACCCUUCCUUUGAGUCCGCUGCUGCGUCUGCCCUAGUUGCGGAGCUGGUCGACUUUGCUGCUGCGUGUCGUUUAGACUACGCUGCCAGUCUUGUUGCUGAGUCUGCUGAGUCUGCUAAGUCUGCGUCUGCGUCUGCCUGUCCUCCGUCCGUCGGGGGUGACUGUGCUCUUGGCACGGACGUCCUUGAGGACAGGCAGGAGGAGUUCCAGAGCUUUGCCGCCGCUUUGCCCCAUCUCGUGUCCAUGCUUGUUGCCCCUGAGGGAGACCCGGAUGCUCUAGACAUCCCGACCCCACGCUUUUACGCAGAGGCGAUGGCCGGUCCCUACUCCUCUCAGUGGCAGUCAGCCAUGGACGCAGAGAUGGCUUCCUGGAAGUCCACAGGCACCUACGUUGACGCUGUUCCCCCUCCUGGGGCGAACAUUGUUAGUGGCAUGUGGAUUUUCAGGGUGAAGCGGCCACCGGGUUCUCCGCCUGUCUUCAAGGCGCGCUACGUGGCUCGUGGCUUCAGUCAGCGACAGGGAGUUGACUUCUUUCAGACUUUCUCCCCGACCCCGAAGAUGACCACUCUUCGGGUUCUGCUGCACGUCGCUGCUCAGCGUGACUACGAGCUACACUCUCUUGACUUCAGCACUGCUUUCUUGCAGGGCAGCCUGCACGAGGAGAUCUGGCUGCGCCGCCCUCCUGGUUUCACUGGGUCGUUCCCUCCUGCUCUGCCUUCGGAUGAGUCCGUAGAGUCGAGUGGUCCGUAUCCAGAGCUUGUGGGCUGCCUCAUGUACCUGAUGACUUGCACUCGACCUGACCUCGCAUACCCUCUCAGCAUCUUAGCACGCUAUGUUGCUCCCGGCCGUCACUGGAAGGAGCACAUGGAUGCAGCUAAGAGGGUGUUGCGCUACUUGUGCAGUACGUCGGGCAUGGGGCUAGUGCUUGGAGGGCGUGAGCGGCCUGUGCUCACUGGGCACUCAGACGCUUCUUGGGCUGACGACCAGGCUACUCAGAGGUCGUCUCAGGGUUACACUUUCAGUCUUGGCUCUGGCUCUGUCUCUUGGCGCUCUACUCGCUCUUCUUCGGUUCUCAGCUCCACCUGUGAGGCUGAGAUCUACGCCACGGCCAUGGCUGCCCAGGAGCUUCGCUGGCUCACCUACUUGCUGACCGACCUUGGAGAGCGGCCUCGUUCUCCUCCAGUGCUGUACAUCGACAACAAGGCAACCAUUGCCUUGUGUCAGGAGCACAGACCGGAGCACAGGAGGAAGCACAUUGCUCUGCGCUACUUCCUUGCUCGAGAGCUGCAGCAGCGUGGUCAGCUUCGCCUGCGUUUCGUGGCCACUGAGGCCAACACUGCUGAUGUGUUCACCAAGGCACUUCCGCCUCGUGACCAUCAGCGCUUUUGCACUCUGCUAGGUCUUGUGCCCACUGGGCCUCACUUGCUUACCUCUUGA